GCUGAGCUAGUCGAUAGGUGUCGAUAGGCUCGCUGCAGCCCUAGUAAAGCGCAUGUUACAUCAUUUGGAGUUAAAAUAGCUUAAAAUUGUUAAUAUUGCCCCAACGGAAGUCAACUGCAGCUGCAACUAAAUUCGAAUAACCAAUUUGCUGAAAUGUCCAUGCAUCUGAGAGCUGAACAUCGAUUUUAGGCCAGCCAAAUCAACCGACAGGCGCUGAGCAGCAGGCGGCAACAGAAAACCAGGCGCACACGCAGGCGAAAAAUAAAUAAAAAUAUAAAACAAUACGAUGAGCGAGAGCAAUAAUCAGUUUUGUGACGUUGAUUUUUGAACAAAUAACCAAAAAAAAAAAAAAAAAAAGAAAAAGAAAAAACCAGCUGAGUGCGCCCGCCCAGUCUUUGAAGUUUUGAUUGUCGUGUUCUUUUUGAUUUCUCGUGUUUUCUUUUUGGUGCACCGGCGACUGCGGCUCCAGGUGUUUGGUUGGAGGAGGCCCAGGCCUAGGCACAGCCUAACACGAACGAGCACAACAUAGAGUAUCUUGCAUAGGCUGCAUACCUUUUGUUUUGUAUCAAAAUCUUCUCUUCCUCUCCAAACGCAAUCGCAAUCGAAAACAAAACCGAAUCUAAAACGAAAUGGCGGCCUACUUGAAUCGCACCAUCUCGCUGGUCACUGGCCAAACGGGGCCCAACGGGAACUCCGACACCGACGACCAUCACUCCUCCUCGUCCACGGACACUGUUGACAAAUCUACUGCUGGUCUCUCGCGUCACAAUUCUGCACUACAAUCGUCUGACUCAAAUACAUCGAUGAAUUUUCCUUUGAACUCGGGCGGAAUUACGUCCGAUACGCGGCUGUAUCAACCGAAUGCUAAAUCCCCACUGCAGAUCUUUGUGCGGGCCAAAAAGAAGAUCAACGACAUCUACGGAGAGAUUGAGGAAUAUGUGCUAGAGACGACGACCUUUAUUAAUGCUUUGCAUGCCGAAGCCGAGAUCGUGGACAAGGCCGAACGGGAGCUGUUCGAGAGCUAUGUGUACAAGGUGGCAGCCAUCCGAGAGGUGCUGCAGCGCGAUCACAUGAAGGUGGCCUUCUUCGGUCGCACCUCGAACGGCAAGAGUUCGGUGAUCAAUGCCAUGCUGCGAGAGAAGAUCCUGCCCAGCGGCAUUGGCCAUACCACAAACUGUUUCUGUCAGGUGGAGGGCAACGAUGGUGGCGAGGCUUAUCUGAUGACUGAGGGUUCCGCGGAGAAGCUCAAUGUGGUGAACAUCAAACAACUGGCGAACGCCCUGUGCCAGGAGAAGCUCUGCGAGAGCAGUCUGGUGCGGAUAUUCUGGCCCCGCGAGCGCUGCCGUCUGCUGCGUGACGAUGUCGUGUUUGUGGACUCUCCCGGCGUGGACGUGUCGGCGAAUCUGGACGAUUGGAUUGACAAUCAUUGCCUCAAUGCGGAUGUCUUUGUGCUGGUCCUCAAUGCCGAGUCCACGAUGACGCGUGCCGAGAAGCAGUUCUUUCACACAGUCUCCCAGAAGCUCUCCAAACCGAACAUCUUUAUAUUGAACAAUCGCUGGGAUGCCUCGGCCAGUGAGCCCGAGUGUCAGGAGUCGGAUCUGGCCAAGGUUAAAUCGCAGCAUACAGAGCGCUGCAUCGAUUUCCUCACCAAAGAGCUGAAAGUGAGCAACGAGAAGGAGGCCGGCGAGCGGGUGUUCUUCGUUUCGGCCCGCGAAACCCUACAGGCGCGCAUCGAGGAGGCCAAGGGCAAUCCGCCGCAUAUGGGAGCCCUUGCGGAGGGCUUUCAGAUCCGCUACUUUGAGUUCCAGGACUUUGAGCGCAAGUUCGAGGAAUGCAUCUCGCAGAGUGCGGUCAAGACGAAGUUCCAGCAGCACAGCUCCCGCGGCAAGAGCGUGUCGGGCGAUAUGCGCUCGAUGCUGGACAACAUUUACGAGCGGAUCACGAUCUUUCGCAACCUGAAGCAGGACCAGAAGACCCUGCUCACGGACCGCAUCCAGGGCACCGAGACCCAGAUGAUGCAGGUGACUCGCGACAUGAAGCUGAAGAUCCACACCAUGGUCGAGGAGGUGGAGGAGAAGGUAUCGAAGGCCCUCAAUGAGGAGAUCUGGCGCCUGGGCGUCCUCAUCGAUGAGUUCAAUAUGCCCUUCCAUCCCGAGCGGCUUGUCCUCAACAUCUACAAGAAGGAGCUCAAUGCGCAUGUGGAGAGCGGCCUUGGCAGCAACCUGCGCGCCCGCCUCUCCAUUGCCCUGGCCAUGAACGUGGAGUCCGCCCAAGCGGACAUGACCGAUCGCAUGCACGCUCUGGUGCCCAACGAGCAUCUGAUUGUUAGCAGCACCAAGAUGGCCCUACGCAAUCAGCCCUUCGAGAUGCUCUACUCGCUGAAUUGCCAGAACCUGUGCGCCGAUUUCCAGGAGGAUCUCGAGUUCAAGUUCAGUUGGGGCAUUACGGCCAUGAUCCAGCGGUUCACGGGCAAGGUGCGGGAGCGCAGCAAAAAGAAUCAGCCAGCCUUGGCCAACCGUCAGACCAGUAUUGGGCAGCAGCAUGGCGUUGUAACGCCCGUUAGCUCGCCGGUGGACGACCGCACACCGAUUUGCCUGUUGCCAUCGCCUGGAUCAGUAGUGGCGGGCAUUACGCCCGAGCAAUUGUCGCUGAUCUCGCGAUUUGCCCUCACAUCUGUCGGCGGUCAGGGCACAAUGGGUGGCCUUUUGGUGGCCGGUAUCAUGCUGAAAACAAUCGGAUGGCGCGUCCUGGUCGGUGUGGGUGCACUCUAUGGCUGCAUCUACUUGUACGAGCGCCUGUCGUGGACAAAUUCCGCCAAGGAGCGCACCUUCAAAAGCCAGUAUGUGCGGCAUGCCACCAAGAAGCUCAAGAUGAUUGUCGACCUAACAUCGGCCAAUUGCAGUCACCAGGUGCAGCAGGAAUUGUCCAGCACCUUUGCACGGCUCUGCCGCACUGUGGACACGGCCACCACCGACAUGAAUGAGGAGCUCAAGACGCUCGAGGUGCAGCUGAAUUUGCUCGAGUCGAACCAGAAGCAGCUCAAACUCCUGCGGAACAAGGCCAACUACAUACAGAACGAGCUGGACAUUUUCGAGCACAAUUAUAUAUCAACUCAGUAGAGCAUGAAGGAUGAAGCAUGAAGGAUCAAGUAUCACCAUUUGAUAUGAAGCGAGAGAGAGGAGAAGAAGCUUUACAUAAACCGUGUAAUGAGGGGGAGGGGGUAGAAAAUAAUUAAUACAAACACACACACACCCGACUAUAACAACAACAAUUGGCCCGUAGAUUGGUUUCUUUUUUUUUUUUUGUUUUGUUCGAAAUUCUUUAAAAUUAUAGUAUUUUUGUUAAAUUUAAUUUUUUUUUAUAAACAAAAUGCAUGCUAUGCGACAAGAGCACUUUUAUGCUUUUCGGAACGGAACUGAUCCGAUCGGUUUUAAAUUGUUGUUGGAAAAAUCAUUUUAAUUCCUAACUCUUAUACACAAUGCAGAUUAUAUUAUAUAGCAUUAACCCUUAUUAUUAUACAUUAUUAUAUUUUUUUGUUGUUUGUUGCUGUUUGUUGUUAAAACACACACAUACAUACACACACACUGUGAGCAUGGCCUGGAAGCCAUACAAUGAAUUGUACAAUCCCCCAGAUAAUGAAAACGAAACGAUAUACAAAACUCUUAUCAUAUUAUAUUAUUAGAGUGAAAAAAAAACUAGUGAUUAUUAUUAUUUUGUUGUUCAAUUUAUUUUGUAUUAGAAUAAUGAAACCAACCGAAUUUUUAGCAAAAAAAAAUGAUAUAUUAUGUGUAGAUAUGGUAUAUGGUGAAAUUCCCUCACAUAAAUUUGAUUAAUUCACGAAUUUUGGAUGAUGGAUGCUUCAUUAAAGGAAUGAAACAAGGCAGAGUACAGUGUCCUACAGGGUGUAUCCGUUGUCCUGCUUUUCGGGAAUUUCACUGUAUCUACAUAUAUGUACAUAUAUGUAUAUCACGAUUAUUCGAUGGAUGGUUCGUUCGGUUGGGGGUGACCGUUGAUACUCGUUGAAAAAAAAACCAACAAAAAGAGGAAAAACUAUUUAAGAAUGUAAGAAACUAUUGUUCAUCCUAUAUACGGAAUAAACUGGAAUACAUCCAUGCAUAUAUUGUAAA